AUGGCCGACUCCAAGAAACCCGCCGUCUUGAUUGUCGGUGGCCUCGGCUUUAUCGGUCGUCACCUUGCGCUUCACAUUCAUGAACACAACCUCGCCUCCGAGGUCCGUAUAGUGGACAAGGUCUUGCCACAAUUGGCCUGGCUGGCUCCGGAAUUCGAGGAAGCAUGCUCCAAGGACAAGUUUGUUCAGGCGGACGCCAGUCGAGAGCAACACCUGCCUCGCAUCUUUGACCGAGCCAAUGGCGAAAAGUUUGACUAUGUCUUCAACUGCGGGGGGGAGACCCGCCACUCCCAACCCGACGACGUCUACGAAGCCCGCAGCUGCAAGCUCAGUGUGUCUCUUGGUCAUGAAUGCGCCAAGCGUGGAAUCGCAGCCUUUGUCGAAUGUUCGACCGCCCACGUCUACAAAAGCGGAUCAUCGCCGCGGAAGGAAGCCGACAAGAUGCAGCCAUGGCACAAGCUGGCCAAAUGGAAGCUCAAAGCCGGUGACGAGCUACUGAAGAUUCCCGGAUUACAAUACUGUGCGCUUCGGCUGCCGCACGUCUACGGCGCAUACAACACCGGAUAUUUCGCCAUGGCCAUCUGUCUGGCCCGGGUGCACAAGGAGAUGGACCAGGAUCUCCAAUUCCUGUUUACCAAGGAUGUCAAGGUGAACACCCUGCACGUCAAGGACGCCGCCAGUGCCUUGUGGGCGGCAGCCGAGUGGCGCGCCAAACAGGGCCAGUUCGACCGCAGUGGAGGGUCGAUCCCGGCACUCUUCAAGGACCCGGAUAUGCCGAUCUGUUUCAAUGUGGUCGAUCACAACGAUACCUCUCAGAAGCACAUCGCCGACGCCAUGGCCGAGGUCUUUAAUCUCAAGGUCUCUUUCCUUGGUUCCCUGGCAUCGCAAUUGGCCAAGUUGAACCUGGAUGAUGUUGUGGAUGACAUGAACGAGGUCAGCCUUCAAGAAUGGGCUGAUUUGGUGGCGAAGAGCAACAUUGAACGACCGGGACCGAUCGGUCCAUUCUUGGAACUCGAUGUGCUCAAGGAUCAAGAUAUGUCCAUUGACGGCUCAUUAUUCGAGACGACCGCCAACUGGAAGCCCAAGUAUGAGAGCUUUGGCCCCGAAAGCGUUCGCGAGAUGGUCGAGAGUUACAAGCGCAUGGGCUGGUGGCCAUGA